AUGGCGACGGCCACGCAUGACGAGACCACGCAUGACGACGAUGACGAGGCCACGCAUGACGAGAUCACGCAUGACGAGGCCACGCAUGACGAGGCCACGCAUGACGAGACCACGCAUGACGAGACCACGCAUGACGAGACCACGCAUGACGAGGCCACGCAUGACGAGACCACGCAUGACGACGAUGACGAGGGCACGCAUGACGACACCACGCAUGACGAGGGCACGCGUGACGAGAUCACGCACGACGAGGGUGAAUUAGAGGCUCUACUUAACGGACGUUUAUUCAAGUUCCCAAACAACACCCGUCUAUGUAUAUAUUCGUUUAGUUUGCUGCUUCAUUCAGAUGGCGCUUCUGUAAAGCGGACAUCUCCAUAG